AUGGCGCAAACACACAUCGACAAGCCAGACAUUGUCCUGGUCGACCACAGGGACAAGGCCGACGAGGACGAGGAGGCAAAGCCAUCCGCCGUCCAUAUCAUUGACAAUGUCCGUGUACUUGGUCUGAGCGACGAGGAUGCCGACUUUUACAACAACUACUCCGCCGAGAAGCGGAAACGAGUAGUCCGCAAGGUCGAUUUGCGUCUUGUCCCUAUGCUUUCCGUUCUGUACCUCAUUUCGCAUCUCGACAGGGCCAACAUCGGCAACGCCAAGAUUGAAGGGCUCGACAAAGAUCUCAACCUCAAGGGCAACCAAUGGAACAUCGUCCUGUCUCUGUUCUUCGUGCCCUACGUGCUCCUCGAGAUUCCCAGCAACAUGCUUCUCAAGCGAGUGUCCCGACCCUCGACGUAUCUAGGGACUCUCGUCACAGCUUGGGGGAUCAUCAUGACGCUGCACGGCGUGACCCGCAACUUCGCCGGCCUUCUCGUGGUGCGGAUCCUGCUUGGCGUCUUCGAGGCUGGAUUCUACCCUGGUGCAGUGUAUCUGUGCACCUUUUGGUAUAUGCCCGGCCAGCUCGCCACAAGAAUCGCAUGGUUCUACUGCACGAGUGCACUGUCGGGUGCAUUCUCGGGACUCUUGGCAGCGGCAAUCGCCCAGAUGGACGGCGUCGGUGGCUACGAGGGCUGGCGCUGGAUCUUCCUGCUCGAGGGCAUCAUGACUGUGCUUCUCGGCGUCGCCUGCUUCUUCCUGCUCAUUGACUCGCCGUCAUUGUCGACGCGUUGGCUGGAGCCGGAUGAGAUCCGGUUCCUCAAUCUGCAGGGCUUCAUCAAACAGGGCGGUCGCUUCAGCGACGAGAAAGGUACCAGCAACUGGCACGACUUCAAGAUGGUGGUCACAAAUUGGAGGCUGUACUUGCAGGCGUGGAUGCUGCUGUGCAUCUCCGCCUGCUCCUACGGCAUGAAAUUUACUCUGCCAUCCAUUACAAAGGCAAUGGGCUUCAAGAAUACGGCUGCGCAGCUCAUGACGGUCCCGAUCUACGUCGCAGCCUCCCUUUCAGCGCUUUUCAGCUCCUUUUUGUCCGAUCAUUUUGGCAUCCGGUUCCCAUUCUGUGCCAUUCCGCUGUCGCUCAUCGCAAUCGGUUACUCCAUUGUCAUCUCAUUCAGGGGCGAUUUGACGGGCAGCCAUCAGGGUCCCGGAUACUUUGCGCUGAUUCUGUGCAUGAUGGGCAUCUACCCCAUCCAGCCCGCAGGGUCAUCCUGGGCGGCCAGCAACCUCGCGCCCAUGAGUCGGAGAGCCGUCGGUGUCGCGUUCAACAUUUGCUUCGGCAACAUCGGGGGAGUAAUCGGCAGCUACAUGUAUCUUGACAAGGAGGCGCCCGAGUACUGGACCGGUUAUGGGCUGUCGCUCGCCUUUGGAGCGACGGGAGUGAUUGCGGCGUGCAUCCUGGAGAUCAGUUACAAGGUUGGCAACGCACGCAGGGCCAAGCUGUCUGAGGAGGAGAUUCGGGCGCGUUACAGCGAUGAGGACCUUCUCAAGCUGGGGGAUCGGAGCCCACUGUUCAAGUAUACCCUCUGA